GCUCCAUAUAAAUUCAGUAAACUCUCGCUGUAACAUUCGCAGAAAGCAGUGCCCUAAAAUAUCUCUCCCUCUUUCUCUUCUCUGUCCUCUCUCUCUUCUCUUUCCUCUCUCUCUGUGAGUUCUGGUUGAGCUUUGGCGGGAAAAACCCCUACCAUGGACGCUCUGAGAAAGCAGCUGGACGUUUUGAUGGGGGCGAAUAGGAAUGGCGACGUGAGGGAAGUUAACCGUAAAUAUUAUGAUCGAGAUGUUUGUCGCCUGUUUCUUUCUGGUCUUUGCCCUCAUGAACUUUUUCAAUUAACGAAAAUGGAUCUUGGCCCUUGUCCAAAGGUGCACUCAUUGCAGCUGAGGAAAGAAUAUGAAGAGGCCAAGGCAAAAGGUACUGAUAAUUAUGAUAGAGACCUGGAGGAUCAAAUAGAAAGACUUAUUGUGGAGUGUGAUAGGAAAAUUACUAGAGCCCUUAAGCGUCUUGAGGAUGAGGAUGCUAAGGCUGCCAUUGCUAUAUCUGUUUCUGAGGUUACCCAGUCACCCGAAGUUCUGGAGUUAUCAAAGCAGAUAAAGGAAAAACUUAAAGAAGUUGAUACUCUAGAUUUGGAAGGGAAGACGGACAGUAAAAUCAGAGCCUUAGAAGUGGUAGAAGAGCUUAGAGCUAAAAGAGCUGAUAAGCAGUCAAUGCUUCUACUUGAUGCCUUCAACAAGGACAGAGCUUCUUUGCCACAGCCACUCCAAAACCCUCCAUCAUUGGCACCCUUACCAGUACCUCUUCCUCCAGAUCCUCGUACACAGGAAAUGAUAAAUGAAAAGUUAAAAAAAUCCGAGGAACUUGGUGAACUUGGAAUGGUUGAUGAAGCACAGAAAGCAUUGGAGGAGGCAGAGGCUCUUAAAAAGUUGAGUGCAAGACAGGAACCAGUUGUUGACUCUGCAAAAUAUACUGCUGCUGAUGUGCGCAUUACUGAUCAGAAGUUACGUGUUUGUGACAUUUGCGGGGCCUUCCUAAGUGUUUAUGACAGUGAUCGUCGUUUAGCUGAUCAUUUCGGAGGUAAGCUUCACUUGGGCUACAUGCAGAUUCGUGAGAAAUUAGGAGAACUUCAGGAAGAGAGAAAUAAGAGUCGAAAGUCAGAUCGAGCUGAAGAUGAUAGAAGGUCAAGGGGCCAAAGUCGGGACCAUGAAACGGGUGGGAGCAGGGACAGGGAUAGAGAGAGGGAUGAGAGAGGUGGGAGUCGUGAUAGGGGUAGGGAUCGGGAUCGUCGAGGAAGGGAUGGUGACCGUGGCUACGAUAGGGGCCGUAAUUACGACCGUGAGCGCGAAAGAGAAGCAGAUCGCUCCCGUAUUAAUGAUUUGAGGAGUCGGAAGAGGUCACGUUCGAGGUCAAAGGAACGUUCGAGAGAUUAUGAUCGUGAGAGAAGUGAUCGCCACAGGCGCUAUGACAGAUACAAUAGGUACUAAUACAUCACCAGGGUGUGCUUUUUGUUGCAGGCGCUAUGACAGAUACAAUAGGUACUAAUACAUCACCAGGGUGUGCUUUUAAAAUGCUUCUAUGAGUUAGUGGUUGCAGACUUGUGAAUGAUUUUCAAUGUAUGACUCCAUCACAUGGGAUUACUUGCGUCUUAUUUCACAAUACUUUUUAAAACUCUGAUUACCAAGAGUUUGCAUCUCUCUCAGAAAAAAGGUUUAGUUAGUUAGGAUUUUUUGCUCUCUCUCUACCUUUUUGGUAUCAACCCGUUUGCCCAAGGACGUCCAAAACUUCCCAUCGAUGAUGCCUUAAAAAUGUGGAGUUGUGUCAUGCUCUGAAAGUUCUAACUGACCCAGCAUUUACAUC